AUGAUGGACAAUGAUAAAUCUGACAGACCGGAGAGACGCAUGGCCUUCAUAGCUCGCGAACUCCGAAGACUCGACAUUGAUAUAGCGGCGCUUCAAGAGACACGACUCCCGGACGAAGGACAACUCACAGAAGUCGGAGAAGGAUAUACCUUCUUCUGGAAAAGUCUACCUACUGCAUCGAAAAGGAUGUAUGGUGUGGGAUUUGCAAUCAAGACCGAGAUAAUGAGGAACCUAAACCAUCUGCCGGUUGGCGUGAAUGAGCGCUUAAUGACUUUGCAGCUGAACCUGGGUGACAACAGGAAAGCGACUCUCAUCUCUGCAUAUGCUCCUACCCUCCUUGCUGACCAGCAUGACAAGGAAGUAUUUUACUCAGACCUGGACGUUCUUCUCUCAAGAGUCCCUCAGAGGAAUAAACUCGUACUGCUAGGAGACUUCAACGCCCGCGUUGGAAAAGAACACCUUGUAUGGAAAAAAGUUAUCGGCAAGGAUGGGACUGGAAAGGCAAACAGUAACGGGGAGAUGCUUCUAACAAAAUGUGCCGAGCACAAUCUGACCGUCACGAACACCCUGUUUAGACAGAAAGACCGUCUGAAGACGUCACGGAGACAUCCAAGAUCUGGCCACUGGCACCUCAUAGAGUUCAUUAUUGUAUGCCGUAGGCGUAUGCCUCACCCGCGCUAUCGAAUCCUCGGAUGCUUGCUGGACCGACCACCGACUCAUGUUGUCCCUGAUGAACUUCAGCAUACAAAGGAAACACCCUGGACUGAACUUCGAGAGGCCAGAACCAAGACGUGCAGCACCGAGCUAGGCAGGCUGGCAAGACACAGCGAAGAUUGGUUCGAUGACAACGAUGAAGAGAUAAAAGCCCUGACGGAUGCAAAACGCUCAGCCUUCAGAGUUUGGCAGUCUGACUACAGAAACAAACAGAAAAAAAGUCAAUACCAUGAUAUCAGAUCUAAAGUCCAGAGCGAAGUCAGGAAACUGAAGAAUGACUGGUGGGUCAGGAAAUCAGAGGAGAUCCAAACCCUGGCUGACAAGAACUGUACCCGAGAAUUCUUUGCUGCCACUCGGAAGCUAUAUGGACCUUCUUCCAUCGGAGCACGACCCAUAGCUGUAAAAGAUGGCACCAUCUGUAAGGAAAAGGAACAGAUAAAAGCCAGAUGGCGUGAGCACUUCUGCGAACUUCUCAACCAAGAAACCCCAGUUAAUGAAAAUGUUCUGGAUAAAAUUCCCCAACUCCAGACAAAUGAAAGUCUAGCUUUACCACCAACCAUAGAUGAACUGCGGAAAGCAAUUAAGACGGCCAAGCAAGGGAAGGCGGCUGGCCCUGAUGGAAUACCUGCUGAGAUUUUCAAACACGGGGGAGAUGAACUCACUCAAAAACUUCUGGAUCUAUUCCAAAAGAUAUGGGAGAGCGAAACACUCCCUGCUGAUCUCAGAGAUGCCAACAUCGUUACCAUCUUCAAGAAGAGGAACAAGGCUGAAUGUGGUAACUAUCGGGGGAUAUCUCUACUCUCCAUCGCUGGGAAGCCAGGAUAG